CGCACGAAAGUAAAAGCGAAAAGAAAAUUCUUCUUCAAAUUGCCUCGUAAACUCGACGCAGCUGAAAAAUUCUCAUAAUUACAGGAAACUCAAUAGCCCCUUAAGCGCCCGCGCUCUAAAUCUGGAAAAACCUUCAACGGUUUCUACCGUAAAAUUGAUGGCAGACAAAGAAGCAGAAGCAAUUCCGCUCAAGCCGCAAAUCGGAUCCUGCGAAAACAGCACGAGUACUACCACUACACCGCGAGGCAAGAGAAACUCGAACAAGAAGCAAACUUCCGAGUUCAGAACAAAGAAACAUAAAGGAAAGAAAACUGAAUCCAUCCUCGACGAGCGGCGAAAAGAAGAUGUUCUUCAAAUCGAAGAUCAACUCAAGGCCUUCGAUCCAAUGGAACCAGCAGUUUCAGAAAAGCUGACGCGAGCAACAAAUCCGUACGCGUACAUCAGCCCGGAACCUUUCAUUUCAAUUCUGGCAGAUCACUUCGAUGUCAACGUCAGUUCCGAAGAAUUUGCGGCCCGAUUGGAUGGAAUGGAUAAAUUACGCUCCCUGAAAGACGAAUUCGUCAUCCCAAAAAAGGUUGACUGCGCACGAGUUGACAAGGAAAACGUCGGACCAGAUGACCCUGUAGUUUACCUGUGCAGCAAUCUCCUAGGUCUCAAAGUGAAAACCGUGGAUAACUACAUGAGUGAAUUGUUGCGAGACUGGGGAAAUUGGGGAGUAUGGCAGAACUUCGAGGGUAGAUUUGCGGGCAUGGGCAUCGAUCAGAAACCCACGAGAGCUCUCAUGAAACUGGUCGGGGCUCGUGAAGGAGAGAUCACGCUGAUGAACGGGUGUACAGUUAACCUGCACUUCCUCAUGAUUCAUUUUUACCAGCCACGAGUCGGGCGAUAUAAAAUAAUUUGCGAAGAAAAUCCCUUUUCUUCAGAUUUGUAUUGCUUCAAGUCGCAAAUACGCUUCCACAAACUUGACCCCGACAAAGCACUGAUACAAGUAAAACCACGACAAGGCGAGAGGUUCCUCCGUAACGAGGACGUAAUCGACGCAAUUGAAAAACAUGGGAAACAAACAGCACUCGUUUGUUUUGGAGGAAUUCAAUUUUUCACAGGACAGAGGUUUGACCUCGAAGGAGUCACGAAAGCUGCUCAUGCCCAAGGUGCUGUUUGCGGAUUCGACUUAGCACAUAUGAUUGGCAACUGCGAAAUGCACUUGCAUCGAUGGAACGUGGAUUUCGCCGUGUGGUGCUCAUACAAGUACUUGUGCGGCGGACAAGGAGCAAUUGGAGGAGCUUUCGUACACAGAAACCACUGGGACAGAUCAGCACCUCGUUUGGAAGGAUGGUGGGGCGUCAAGGAAGAGAAGAGAUUCUUCAUGAAUCCCGAGCUCGACGCUUCUUUAGGAGCGAACGCUUUCCGCAUUUCCAUGGCAUCCGUGUGGAAUACGGUUCCUUUGUACGCUGCAAUGGAGGUUUUUGAUAGAACAUGCAUGAGAGCAAUCGAGAGAAAGCGCUUCUGGUUGAACGGGUAUUUCGACGCGCUAGUGGCUAAACUGAAUCAAGACGUUAUGGAUACCUUCGGAUUACGAGGAGAUAAAGAGGGAAUACUCACAGUUCCCGACCCAAAAGUCUUCAAGGUGCUGACGCCCGCUAACCCAAAGGAACGGGGCAACCAAAUCACCUUCAUCAUGAGAAUACCCAGGGCAGAUGUGAUUUACACAGCCUUGACAAAAGCUGGAUUUGUGCUGGACUACAAGAAGCCCAAUAUUCUGCGAAUUUCUCCGCACAUGCUGUACAACACUUUUCACGACAUGUUUCUGCUCGCGAACUUUUUGCGCAAGGAAGUUUUCAAUCACUUGGGAACAAUGGCAACGGCUUACAGGUCAUCUCAAAAGAUUUCAACAGGGUGAAUUUUAUUCUUCCGAAAUUCCUGGAUCCUUCGUUCUCAUCGAUCUGCUGAAAUCGGGAAACAAUUCUGGAUAUUUCUUGCCGAUCGUGCGAAAACUAACAUAUUCUUCGAAUUCUUCCAAAUAAAGCGCAGCCUCACGAAAUUCACAAUAAAGCAAUUUUCCCGAUAAAGGAA